CAGACGAGUUAAUACGGUUGGUGCGCUCGCGCACUACCAUUGAGUCGAGCAUCAUGGCUGCGCGCGCAUGCGUACUGCUCCUCUGCGCAGCCGUAGUUGCUGCACGCGAGUGCAUCGAACUAACGUUAUCAGAUAAAAGUAUUCUCACAGAAAGUCUGUUCAAUGGGACGUUAAUAAAGUUCGGCCUUAACCAUACAGCCGAAGAGAGCCCGCGUUUCAAUAUUCUAGACGUGUGGGAUAGAUUCCCGAGGGUUGUGGUGCCGAAGAACGGGACGAGCGAACAAUGCCGCCGGGACAGUCAACAUUACAUUGACAGCUUGGAAAAACUGGAAUUGUGGGCGUUGAAAAUGUUCGACGCAACUGCAAAACCUCCCUCGGGAAUACUUAGCGGCAACGGCAAUCAGUACGGAGACUUCGACGAGUGCCUGAGUGUAGAUGGCGCUGUGCGCGGAAAAUACUGCCUCGCCUCGCUCCAAGUCAGCCUCACUGAUCCUAAGUACAGUCAGAUAGACUCUCUUAUACAUAGCGAGCAUUACAUACGAAGUAAUGUUACAGACAUGGGUCACCGCGUCCCGAGAUACUCAAGUUUACUGUGGGGUGUCUGCAUUCCAAGUUCUUGCAGCAGUUUCGACUUGGAAGAAGAGCUUUCGCAACGUUUAGCCAACCUUGGCAUGACAGUCAAGGUCCAUAACACUAUGUGCACUGUGAAGAAUAUCAAUAGGCCAUACUCAUUUGGCAAGACUUUAUCCAUCACAUUUUUCCUAGCAAUAUUUUUAUUACUGAGCUUAGGAACGAUGCUCGACGAUGGUAAAGAAGGCGUUACAAAUUUCGAAAAAUUGCUCAAUGCAUUUUCACUGAAAAGAAAUUUCAAGAAAAUCUUCGAUUUGUCGGAUGGCCAAACGAGAGUCAAAGGCGUUGACGCAUUCAGAGGUUUGAAUGCCUUUGCCCUGCUCAUCGCUCAUAAAUCUAUGGCAAUGGCCCACAACCCUUAUGUGAACAAAGUCGGCUUCGCGAUGACGUUCGGCAUGCCGUGGGCUGUUGUGGGUCGUUCAGCAAUAUUGUACACGGACAGUUUUCUUUACCUGAGUGGAUAUUUGAACGCUCACAACCUUUUGCAAGAUCUCGAGAGAAAAGGAACUAUCGAUGUAAAGAACAGACUUAUUGGUAGAUGGUUUAGAUUGUUCCCGUUGUUCCUCAGCCUGAUGUUGUUUUGCACAUACAUCCUGCCUGAUGUCAACAAUGGACCGCAGUGGAACCUGGUGGUAGAGGAACACAGCAGGGUCUGCGAGAGGACCAUGUGGAAGAGUUUCCUCUUCAUCCACAAUUAUUUCGGCUUCGAAGAAAUGUGUCUCACGCACACCCAUCAGCUCGGUAUGGACAUGCAGCUAUAUGUGGCGACGUUGCCUCUAAUGUUAGUGCUGGUGAAGUCAAAGACCCUCGGCCUCUCACUGAUCUUCGCCACUGCACUAGCCUCCACAGUCUUGAGAUAUCUCGCCGUACACUGGUAUCAAAUCAGUAUGUUCGUGUACUAUGGCAUAUCAGUUCAGAAAUUAUUAGACGCAGCGAGGUACUCCUACAUACUCCCCACACAUCGCGCUACAAUAUACCUCAUAGGAGUAGCCAUGGCGUACUUUAUGCGAACGAAAAAGUUUAAUUUUACUUUGUCUAAUAACCAAGUGAGGUUAUUAUGGGCAACUUGCCUUAGCCUCGCCAUCUAUACUAUUGUCAGUCCCUACAAGAUGGGGCUGGAGGGCUACCAGUAUGAUCCAGAUCAGGCCGCCACGUUCGCUACCUACUCGCCGAUCCUGUGGGGGAUUUUCAUGUGUAUAGCGCAUUGGGCCGUUUCUAAUAACUAUGCUAGCUUUUUAACAACGAUACUCGAAUUGCGAGUGUUCAAAUUCUUCAACAAGAUAGCGUAUGGAGUUUACCUGACCCAGUUCCCAAUUUUCUUCUACAAUGUUGGAGUUCAGAGACACGCGGAAUACUAUUCACCGUUACUUCUGCUUCACGCUCCAGAAAUGUUAAGCAUCCUAGUAAUAUCAAUAAUGACGACUGUAGCCAUCGAGAUGCCAUUCAACCAAAUCUACAGGAUAUAUUUCGGAAAAUCUCAGAUUAAAUUAAAAGACAAAUAAACGCAUGGACGUCAACAAUUAGCAUAAGAUUAGAAUAAAAUGUACAUAUAAGUAUAAAUACUUAAACUAAGCCAAACAUCACGUAAUUAGAUUGUAGAUAACUUUGAUAAUUUUUAUACCUGAUGAUUACAUUAAGAAUAGAAGACGAUGAGUUAUUUAAAUGAAAUAAAGGAAAAAUUAAAAAAAUAUAUUAAUUUA